UAUAUUUUAUAUAGCUAAAAACGAAAAGCUUCUAUGCAUGCUCCACCACCUGUUUCCUCUCCGCACUUCUCUUCUUUCUCUCACAAGAUGAGAAAAACCAAUAACAAAUAUCUUCCCCUGCAAAUCCCAUCGAUCUCUGCCGUUCUCUACUUUUUUCUCUUGCUCCACCAACUUACUAUCCUCACCGCCGGAGAUUCACCAUCUCCUCUUAUCGGCAACAUAACUAUUGAUUGUGGCUCUACUAGUGCUCCAACUGCCGAAGGUGGUCGAAUCUGGACUGCAGACACCGAUUCGAAAUUCUCCCUCCUGGAUCCAACCAACGCAUCAAUAACAUCCCCAGCUCCUAAAAAUCCUACCUCUGGCGAUCAAGUUCCUUAUAUAACUGCACGCCUCUCACGGUCCGAUUUCACCUACACGUUACCGGUUACUCCAGGGCCAAAAUUUAUUCGCCUCUAUUUUUACCCAGCUUCCUAUGUCAGUUUCAGCAGCUCCACUGCAUUCUUUUCUGUCAAAGCCGGUGGCUUCACUCUGCUUAGCAACUUCAGUGCCGCGCUUUAUGCACAGGCUCAUAACUUUGACACUUUUGUUAAGGAAUUCAGCUUAAAUGUAGAAGAUGGUCAGAUGUUGAACGUAACGUUCAGUCCAACUCCUAGUAUGACUGGCGCAUAUGCUUUCAUUAACGGACUUGAAAUCGUAUCUAUACCUUCAAAUCUUCUGUACAAUGCAACCGGCGAUCCAGAAAUUAAAUUUCUUGACAGGAGCGAUCUAGGCAGCCUUGGAAGCAACACUGCUCUAGAAGUAACCUACCGGAUAAAUGUUGGAGGCGGUGACGUCUCACCUCUAAAGGAUAAUGGAAUGUUUCGAAGCUGGACAGCUGAUGAUGAAUAUUUAACUAUUGCAAAACCAAGUGCAAUUCUUUAUAAUCUCACCCUUCAUCUUAAAUAUGGCGAUCUCAAUAAUAUCGCUCGUUAUGGUGCACCGGCCGAGGUGUAUAAAACUGCAAGGUCAAUGGGUGACAACAAGAGCACUAACGAGAAAUAUAAUCUCACUUGGACGUUUCAGCUUGAUUCUAAUUUUACUUAUCUUUUUAGACUUCAUUUUUGUGAGUUUCAAUCGCCAAUAACUGAAAUAGAGGACAGGGUUUUUUGGAUUUACAUAAACAAUCAAACGGCAGAUAGUGCCGAUGUAAUUAAAUGGAGUGGGGGGAAUGGAUUUCCUAUAUUCAAAGAUUAUGGAGUAGCGAUUGAACCCCAAGGAAACAAAAAGGUUCAAAAUGUGUCUGUCGCAUUGCAUCCCAGGGUUGCUCUGACUUUAUAUUCUGAUGCAAUUUUGAAUGGGAUUGAAAUCUUCAAAAUGAGUAAUAUAGACAAUAGCCUCGCCGGACCAAAUCCUGACGUGAACUUAACAAGUGCACACACUACUGAAACUAAUGGCCCCACGUCUUCAAAUUCUAGCAAUAACGGGACAAAAAUUGGUGCCGUUAUUGGUGGUACUGUAUCAGGCCUUGCUAUACUCUCUCUCCUACUUUUCUUGAUUGGCCGGCGAAGAAGACUUGGAGUCAAGGACAGGGGUAAUGGAGCAGCUUCAUGGUUGGGCCCAUUUUCUAUUUCUUCUACCAAGACUCAGAGCUCAUCAACUCUACCGGCUGAUGUUUGUCGCCGGUUUUCACUCUCCGAGAUUAUAGAUGCUACCAAUAACUUUGACAAUUUAUUCAUUAUAGGCGUUGGAGGUUUUGGUAAUGUCUACAAAGGCUUAAUCAACAAUGGGGCCAGUACUGUUGCAAUCAAACGGCUGAAUCCAGGGUCUGAACAGGGGGCACAUGAGUUCAAGACAGAGAUUGAGAUGCUCUCUCAGCUUCGUCAUCUUCAUUUAGUCUCUUUAAUUGGCUAUUGCUAUGAAGAUAAUGAAAUGAUACUUGUAUAUGAUUACAUGGCUCGAGGAACUCUUCGCGAUCAUCUCUACAAGACCGACAAUCCUCCACUUCCAUGGACUCAACGACUAGAGAUAUGCAUUGGGGCAGCGCGGGGGUUAAAUUACCUUCAUUCUGGGGCCAGCAACACAAUCAUUCAUCGAGACGUCAAAACAACAAAUAUUUUGCUAGAUGAGAAAUGGGUAGCAAAGGUUUCAGACUUCGGAUUAUCCAAAAUAGGUCCCAAUAGCAUGUCAAAGCCGCAUAUUAGUACCGUAGUGAAAGGAAGUUUUGGAUAUUUAGAUCCUGAAUAUUUCCGGCUUCAGAGAUUAACAGAAAAAUCUGAUGUAUAUUCAUUUGGUGUUGUUUUAUGUGAAGUGAUAUCUGCUAGACCGCCAGUGAAUCGAUCAACGGUCGAUAAUCCUGCGAGCUUAGCAGAAUGGGCAAGGCGAAGCUAUAGAAAGGGAAACUUUGAUGAAAUAGUGGAUCCAUAUUUGCAUGGAAAGAUUUUACCGGAUUGUUUGAGAAAAUUUGCUGAAGUAGCAGUAAGUUGCUUGCAUGAAAAUGGAAUGGACAGGCCAUCAAUGGGCGACGUGGUCUGGGGUCUUGAAUUUGCACUACAGUUGCAGGAAACUGCUACCAAGCAAGGCGAGCUUCAAACUGGAAGUUACAUUGACAUGGAGAGUCCACUAAAAGGGUCCUCAGUUGCUGAUAGCAGUGACGAUUUGUUUAGUAGCGGCAGUGAACUUGUGAUUGGUUCUCGGCUUAGUGGAAUGACAUUAAUAAGCAGCAGUGAUGAACAAAGUUUUAUUAGUAACAAUUCCGAGCAAGUAAUGUCUGGUGCUGUAUUUUCUGAGAUCAUCAACCCAAGAGCCCGAUAAGAAAUAUUGUGUAAUAUUAAUUAGCUUAGUUUAAUAUGGUGUAAUGUUUGAGGAAUUAGCUCAUUAGGGUUUUCCAACUAUAUAGUAGUUUAUAUUUAUCAAUGCAAACGGUUUACUCUAUUUCAUUUUAGUAAUUUUUCUUCUGUAUAUUCUUUAAUAAUUUUACUAUAGUUUUUCAAA